CUCUCGGGUCGGGUCUCGUCGACCUGCCUUCCUCGCCUCCCGUCUUUCCCCACCCCUCCAACCCCGACUCGAAACACCGCCGCGCCCGCCUCCACGCCGGCCACUGCCGCUCUCUCCUCCACCGCAUCCCUAGGUCUCCACCGUACUCCGCUGCCUUCCUGACCGCAUUCCUCGCUCUCCGCUAUCCUCCGCCGCCUUCAAUCUCAACCUCCGUUUCCCGCGCCCGCUCAGAACACCGCCACGCCCACCUCAUUUGCCGGCUGCCCCUCCUCUCUCCACCCAGGACAUCACUAGACCUCCCCACCAACUAAUCAGGUGUGCGGGCGGCCUCCUCUUUGCCCCCAAAUCAGCUUCGCCGCCACCAGAAACCUCGCUACACUAUCUGGCCGGCGCCUCCUCGAACCGCCGCCUUCCAAGGUACCGUCGUCUCCGUGCGGUCCUCCGGUGACCGACCCCGUAGUCAUCGCCGCCGUGCUGACCAUGGCCAAUACGCUGCGGUUGUACCUGACUUGCAUCCGGAACACUCUGGAGGCUGCGAUGUGCCUUCAGAAUUUUCCUUGCCAAGAAGUUGAGAGGCACAACAAACCAGAGGUGGAGCUCAAGACAAGCCCUGAACUUCUGCUGAAUCCGGUGCUGAUAUGCCGCAAUGAAGCAGAAAAAUGUUUAAUAGAGACUUCAAUCAACUCUAUACGUAUAAGCAUGAAGGUUAAGCAGGCAGAUGAACUAGAAAACAUUCUUGCAAAGAAGUUUCUUAGGUUUCUAUCAAUGAGGGCGGAGGCAUUCCAAGUGUUGAGGAGAAAACCAGUUCAGGGUUAUGAUAUUAGUUUCCUGAUAACAAAUUACCACUGUGAGGACAUGCAUAAGCAUAAGCUCAUAGAUUUCAUCGUGCAAUUUAUGGAGGACAUUGACAAGGAGAUCAGCGAGCUGAAGCUGUCAGUAAACACACGUGGCCGGCUAGUGGCGACAGAAUUCCUGAAGCAGUUCAUAUGAUUCACUAUACAGUAGCAGUGCUGUUGGCCCCUGUUAUUUCGAUCGGUCUGGCCGUGGAUGAACUCCGUCCACUGUCUGUAACUACGCUGCCGUUGUGCAGAAAUCUGUGUUUCCUUUCCCUGCAAAGAAUAGAUUCUUGGUACUAAACCACCUGAUUCACGGCUGGCAUUUGCACUAUCAGGACGUAUGAAGCGAAAAUUAUCUGGGAGCACCUUCAAGCGAAAAUAUAGUUUCUGUAUACCACAUUGCAGAGGCUAAUAGAAUGAAAGGGUAUAUGAUUCUGAACCUUCGAAUAAGGGCAGCAUUAGUGUUUAAGGUUUUGUUUGACAGAAUUCUAGCUUUAGAUCUGCUUUACAGAUCCACAGUGGAGCAGAUCUAGCGGAGCUAAAGCUAUCAGUAUAUGUGUUUGGUUAGCAUGCUGACUCUAGAUCUAUGAAUGAUAUUCAUACUAUCCU